AGCUCAGAAGCUACUGCAUUCGCCUCCAACCGCCUGCAAAACGCCCACCUGCAUCUGCAGUCAGUCGCAUUCGUGGUCAACGUCCCCGCCACCAGCUAUCCUCAUGUAUCCUUCCUCCUCCUCGACAUCUCAUGGGCACCAGCACCGGCACCAGAACCAGAACCAGCAACAGCAACAGCAGCAACAACAAAAGCAGCACGACCAGUUUCAACACAGCCAUACACGACAUCACUCCACCUCCAGUGCUACAGCUUGUUCCCUGCGCAGCGGACAUGGAUUGAUACUCCGCCAACAUCCACCACCAACCCCUUCCCACGCAUCAUCCUUAGAUGACAAUAACUUUGACGACAUCAACUUAUCUGUUCCUUCCGCUGCUUUCCACCAAACCGACACGAGAUACCAGCCUGGCCCCUCACCCUUCGACGACUACACCCAGCCACCCAGCCACACCCAGCGCUCUCUCACAAACACCUUCCUCGACAACUGCCGACCCUUCGUGAACCAGGCUGCCUCUACGAUCCAACAGACCUCCAAAGGCGCUCUGCAUUCGCCCACCAAAUCUCUCGCCAGCUUCAUCUCCCUCCGUGGCUCCAAGAUCGCCGAAGAAGACCAGGAGCAAGACCGUCCAGUCUCCGCAAAACGUAAUAGCAAAUUCGGCGCGCUGUUUGUUGGUGCUUCGGCACACGUUAAUCUGGGCCUCGUGCCCUCGAAGACACCACGUCAUCUUCACGUUGAUGAAGAAGAAGAAGAGGGCGAAGAUUCAGACGACGACAUGUUCACUACGAGGAAUUCUACGGCGCCAACGCUGCAACGGCGAACCACCUCGCAAUCCGCCACGAACAAAUUCUCGUGGCUACUGCCGUCUGUCGGUGUAAAGGGUCCUCGAGUCUCGCAACCGGCGCGCACGGAAGAUAGCAGUGAUGAGCUGCUAACUCUAAACGUUCAGCAUGCUCUGUUUCCACACGGCCCAACAGAUCCACUGGAUCCUGCGUCUUUCAACGAUCUUCUUGAAGCUGCUGAGAAUCUGCUCCAACGCUACCAAAGCGCGUACCGUUCACAAGCCGAACAGAUUGCAGAACUCAAAGCAGAACAGAGCGUACAGGAUGAGGAAUGUGACGAGCUUGAGACUCGUUCGCGCCAUCUCAAAAUUCAGCUAGACGACAUGUCCGCGCGAGCAGCCGAACAAGACGCUGAAAUGCAGUCUCUCCAGCAGCAGCUCCAAAAGGAACGACAAUUGCGGAUUGCAGAGGAAGAAGCCCGUUUACGUCGCAGAACUUCAUAUGACCAACGUGACGACCCAGCGUGGUCUCGGCGGCAAGCUAAGCGGACGUCCAACUCGGCGAUUAGCUUUACAGAUUCUGGCUUCGACUCAGAUAGUGAGGGCACGGCGUCGUCGGCUGCAAGUCUCGCACAUGUUGAAGCCUGUUCACCAAAUUGGACUUCUUACCAUCACACACUCACCCCACCUUCGACAUGUACUCUCGCAUCGCUUCAAAAUGCACAGCCACAGGAAGCCAUCGCAAUGUCUCUGACACCCACACGCUCAUUACAGCCAAGUCGCCAGCAAGUCACCAGUCGAAAGAUGCCCAUGCAUCAUACUCGAUUCGGCGACGAUGAGACGGACAGUCUGAGGCAGCAAUCGGGGGCAUUCAAUGUCAUCCGAACUGUCAGACAGGAGAAUGCACAACUGAGCUUGCAGCUCCAAGCCUGCGAUGACGCAGUGGACGAUGUGCUCGAUUAUAUCAGGAGCCUAGGGGUUUAAGCGCUUGCUAAGGGGGGGUCGUUGGUGGUGGUACAAAGUUACAUCCCUUGUGUUAAUGUGUAUCUUGGUAGAUUCGUAAGAGCAAUCAAUCAACAAAUACUUGGAAUUGUCGCGAUACGUGAUUGGCUCGGGGGUUUUUGGGUGAUGGGCACUCGACACUGCACAGUCAGUUUAGCACCUCACAUCAUAGCGCGAUCUGAGACGAGGCUGGCUUGACUGCUGACUUCUG